CACCACACACUCACUCUGACAAGUUAGGCUAAACCACAGCACGACUCGUUUACUUCAUCCCUAAAUAAAGCUUUCGCAAUUAAAUUUCUUGAAAAAUACGCUUAAACAGAGACAUAAGGUGUAGUGUUAUGGUGGCGCGACAGCUUUAUCAUGUCAGAGCACAAAAGUGAAUAUAACAGUCCUGAACCCGAGCGACGUGCGGUGCGGGUCCCGACACAAGAUGUCAAUCAAACUGAGAACGAAGAUCAAGAAGAUGUCGACGAAGAUCAAGAUAUUACAUUCAACGUCUAUACAUCAACAGACAUGAUUUUACAAGAAGAAAACAUCGCGGAUGCGAAUCGAUACGAAAUAAAUCCUCAUGGAAGUAAAACCAAGAUCAUUUCAUCCAGUGAGGUCGGAAACUCAACAGCAACAGUGAAGAUCUUGCUUAUGCCAGAUAGGCACAUGAUAACAGUUGCCUUUACUAUUGGCCUUACAAUCCUGGAUCUGAAAAAACACUUUGCCUUUGAGCUCAGAGUGCCAUCAGAUAUCAUACAGAUCACUUUAGAUGAAAAGUGUGUCGAUGAUGACCAGACGCUGAUGGACAUUGGUGUACAGCCACAUGGGAUGGUCCAGUUUGAGUUGAGCUCAUCGGAUCCAGAGAAUUACCCCAUUAGACAAGUCAAACCACAGCAAGAGUACAACAUGCCGGAUGUCAUCACUGUUAGAGUGCAAACAGAUGCAGACACAUAUCAGGAUGUGGUGGUGGAGAUCGAGAGGGCCACUCGAGGAAAGGGAUUUCUUGGUGGAUACCGUCAUAAAGUCACAAAGGCCGAGUAUCAUCAUGCUGCUGUGCAAACUAUAGCUAAGAAAAGGCCUGACAGAGGAAUUGAGAUGUUCAGUAGGGACACACAGACCGUCAUGUUGAGAAACCAGGUUCAGCAGUGUUCCAAAAAUGCCUCGACUCAGAUGACCAGCAUCGGCUGCUAUGUGUCCAACAUAGAGGACAAAUUUAUAACACCUUCAGGGAUUUACAUGACUGCAGAUGAGUAUCACACCAAGAGACUGAAAGCUGUCAUUACACUACAGACGCAUCUCAGACGCUGGCUGGCCAAGCGUUUCACGGACAGCCUGAGACAGGAGAGAGAGCUGCAUCUGGCAUGGUUGGAAAAUGAAAAUAGACGGAAGAAAGAAAGGAAAGAACAGGGGAUCAGAGAUAAGUAUCGCCGCUGGAUGAACCCAGAGAGAAAAGCAGACUUUGAACUGCUUUAUAAUGCUUUAAAAAAAUGGAGGCAAGAGGAGGAGGAGCGCAUCGACGCCACCUUUUCUGGUGCUGAGAAAAAGGCAGCCCUGUGCGCUCUGCUGGAGCAAGAGACCCAGUUUAUCUCAUCUAUAGAACGCCAUAAAACAGCUGCAUUCGAGAGGAACCUUGAUAAAGCUGUUCUUGCCUACCUCGACAAGUGUGCAGAGCCAAAAAAGUGGCGUGCGUUUGACGGGAAGGUGACACAGAUGGAAACGCAGUUCACUAUCAGAGGUUCUGAGCUGCGAGAUUUGUACAACAGCAUCACCCAGGAUGAAGUCACAAAGGAUGAACGUCUGGAUGUGCUGCUUACCAUCAAACACACUGUGAAGGAUCAUAAAUGUAAGCUGACACAGGAUAUAGUGGAUUUGAUUGACAGGGAGGUGGAUUUGCUGAUGAGGGGGAUGAAGAAGAAAAACAUGGAUGGGUUGAGAAAGAGAAUAUCUACUCUGUUCCUUCAGUACAUCAAAACCCCCGAGUUCAACCCUCAGGUGUCCAAACUACUGCAGUAUCCCGCUGACUUUAGGAAGAACAUGUAUUUGUGUAGUGGUUGUAAUGAGUACAAGUCAUCCAGCGACUUUGCCUUGAAAACUAACACAUCAGCGGUUGGGCUCUGUCGCCGCUGUACACAGUUAGACAACGAAGGCCGCCGUAGAGAAGACUUCUGCCUCUACAAGAACAUUCUCAAACAUCUGCGUGAAACUGAGGCCAAGUGCAGCCCUGAAUCCCAAAUCACAUACUUACUACAGGAGCAGGACCUGCGGUACCUGUUGGAUGAGCUGUGGGGGGCUAAGUCUGCUUUGAGUGGGUGUAAAGACCUGCACGACCUGCUGCUUGUGCGGUGGGAGAAGAACUCGGCCUGGAGCCCGUGGAACUGCAUCCUUCUAACAAAAGACGAGGCAGCCACACACCUCAAAGUGGAGAACAUCAGGAAGGCAUACGACGUGGUGGUUAUCCGUGAUGUCAAGCAGAAACACGCGCUGGCGAGGAAGUACUUCUCACAGAUACCUGCGGUGGCCAAAUGGCAGCACGACGCCAAGGUUCAGCCCGCCGCCCUCGGCAACCUGCUGGUCUCCAAACCCAUCACCAAGGCGACCGAGCAGAAUGGCUAAGAGGCUACCCACAAUCCUGCAGGUGCCCAAGGACUUCUGCUGUAUAACAGCAGAAUGGAGUUACAAAUUAUAUAUUUGCAUUGAGGUACAUUGUACUGUAUGUUUGCCUUUUAGAACAUUUAAAAUUCAAUGGAAGAUGUUGCUAGACAGUUUUGACUGUACUGUGCAGUUCAGCCUGGAUAUUAAAACAAUUUCUUUCUCUCUG